ACCAGGGUGGCUGGUUGGCAGCACUCGUUGGCAACCCAGCGAAUUACCUCCUGCCACUGCUAGUUGGCAACCCUACAACUGCCUCCUGGAACUAUCUGCUUUAGUUAGUGGCAACCUGGCUACAUAGUUGGUUGGCUCUGGUGCCCGUCCGGAAUCCUUAGGACGAGGGGCUCUCACAACGCCAGUUACAGGUUGUACUCUUUCCAGUCUGUGGAGUGUUGUAGCCCAGUGGAAGGAGACAGUUGAAUUUGUUUUUUUAUACUAUGUUGUUGUGUGUUUGUUAAAUGAGCAUCAUAAGUUCGAAGGUGGCCCGUGAGGAAGAUGGCGUUGCAUGGGUUUUGGCGCUCGUAGUCACUGAUUAACUGCUGUAGAAGGAAGGAGUGGUGGCCGUGCCGCGUUGAGAGCGAUGGCCCAGCAAAGGUCGUCAUGUCCCAUCGGCGGAGUAGUAGCCUGACGGGCAGUGCCAAGGUGUGUGACAUUCGCACCUCCGCCCAGCAACGGACCGCCAGACCCCCGCCCCUUCUCAAGGCCUCAAGUCUCGACGUCGGAGGAGAGCAUGGCGGCGAGGGUGUGGCCGCUGGUCCCAGCAAUUGUGGCGGUGAAUUUGAUGAUGGUGGCUCCCGCAGCCGCCUGGCUCACUCCGCUGUGUUUACCGCCGCCCGAAAUGCCUACUCAGCACUGGAGUCCAAGGGAGGAUCAAUUAUCCAUCGCUUCGACUCUGAACUGGACGAACUGGAACAUGGGGCCUUGGUCCAAACGGCGAAGGCGACGGUGCAAAAGGCGGCCAUCGUUAUCGAGAAGCCGGUAGGACGUAUUAAGCAGAGUAAGUUUGUCGAGGAAGUGAGUGGAGUGAUCGAAGAGAUCGAGAAGAAUGAGGUGGUGCAGGCUGUCAGUGGGAGGGCCCGUCAGGCCUACAUGUACGUGGAACCCAUUGGAGAGAAGAUCCUGGCUCGGGUGGGGAGUCUCGAUGCUGAGGAUAAGGAUGAUAGGGUGCAGUUCGUCAUACCUCCCUCAAGCAAUCGGGCUCCCCUUAGAAGAGUAGAAGAUUUUAAGCCUAGACCUAUUUUAAGACCCUAUGAGAUAGAUUUUAGACCCUUCCCCAAUGAGCCCAGAUAUAGAGACCCCAGUCAGUAUGGUGCACUUGUACAGGAAGAUGUUCCCCGGAUUCAGGUGUCUGGUGAAGAUGGAAGAUGCUCCGUCCUGUCUCAAGGUAGUGAUAAUUUGCUCAAGGUCAAAGCUCCUGACCAAAUCAGUAUAGUGUCCGCCACGGAUUCUGAGAGACAAUACGAGAUCGUGCGUCCCAAUAAGUUUUACCGUACACCUCCUUGUCCCCCACCCAAGCCUAGGCAUAGACGCUCGUUAGAAGUGAGAAUAUCCAGUAGUGGUGUGAAAACGUCGCUCGUAGACGAAAACUCUGAAACACGUAAGUUGAUAGAAAACAGUGAGAGGAAAGGUGACUUGAACCGGUCAGUGAGGUUUUCGGAAGCUGCCCCAAGGGACUCGGACAGUGAACCCAAGAAAAGUCCUAAUUCCGGGGACAAGGACCAAUCUACUCUAGGCGUUAGGACAGUAGUAGAUGUGAAGGAGAGAAGGCCCGCGCUGAAGGAUACUAGAGCGCCGGAUUCCAUUGAUAAGAGGAACUCUGACUUGGAUGUAUGUGGGGAGGAUGAACCUCUGGUUCCUAUUGCUGAGAGCUUUGAAGGGUGUAGCAUAGCUGAGAUUCGGCAAAGGUUGAAAGAACUUGAUUGCAACGUUGUCGUUAUCAACGGCAAGACAUUUUAUGUGCCUAAAUCUGCUGUGAAGGAAUCCGAGCAGGAGGUUUAUGGCGGAGCCUCGGCCUUCUUCGAAGCCUCCCAAUCCAUUGACUGGGCAACUGUCAAAGAAGCGCGAGGCCAUCUGCCUCCGGCGAAGGAGCGUCCGCGAUGGAUGCAGCGGGUGGCUACGGGCCUCGAGAACUUCAUCAGCAACGCUCACGACCCUUGGCUCUCGGAAGCCGAUCGGGACCCGCUGGCCUGCGAUGCUGGGUGUGGAUGUCUCGACCCCACCACUUGGAACAAGAAGACGGGACCAAUGUUUCCUAGGCACCAGAAGAACGAGACCUUCUGCGUGGUGUCCAAAAGAUUCCGCAAGAACUACGUGCACAGGUUCUCGGCGUCAAAGUCGCUGUUCCUGUUCUCGCCGUGGCACCCGCUGCGUAGAGCAGCCAUCUUCCUGUCCACUAACCAGUACUUCGACUACAUCGUCAUGGCAACUAUAUUACUCAACUGUGUCUUCCUUGCUAUGACGGAAACGGUAGCCGAGGCAGAGUAUAUGUUUCUGGCGAUCUACUCGGCGGAGAUGUUGGUCAAAACCGUGGCGAAAGGCUUCAUCUUAAACAAAUACACUUACCUUCGGAACCCAUGGAACUGGCUGGAUUUCGUUGUGAUAGCCUCGGGGUACGUCACUACAGUCAUCGAACUAAGCAACUGGGAUUUCCCUGUCGGAAACCUGGCGGGUCUUCGGACCUUCAGGGUGCUGAGGGCGCUGAAGACGGUCUCCAUCAUGCCGGGGCUGAAGACUAUCAUCAACGCCCUCCUGAACAGCAUCAAACAACUGGUGGAGGUCAUGACACUGACGGUGUUCUGCCUGAUGGUGUUCGCCUUGUUCGCCCUGCAGGUGUACAUGGGCGUCCUCAUGAACAAGUGCGUGAAGUACAUCGAUCGCACCAACCUCACCGGCAGAGAAUGGGACGAAUGGAUAAACAACUCCUCGAACUGGUUCAUGGAAAACGGCACCGACCAUCCGGACUUGGGGAAUCCCAGACUCUGUGGAAACGCCACCGGGGCCAGGGUUUGUCCUGAAGGCUACAUGUGCUUACCCGACAUUGGUACGAAUCCUAACUUUGGUUACACCAGCUUCGACAACUUCCUGUGGUCUAUGUUAACUACGUUCCAACUCAUCACGUUAGAUUACUGGGAGGAUGUCUAUAACAAGGUGAUCGCGACUGGAGGUCCGCUGCAAGUGGUCUUCUUCGCCAUCGUUGUGUUCUUCGGUUCGUUUUAUCUCAUUAAUCUGAUGUUGGCCGUAGUGGCUAUGAGUUACGAAGAGGAGGCGGAAAAUACAGAAGAGGAGAAGACCAAAGACCUGAUGGACCAUCGGGACGACUCCACCUUCAGCUUUGAUCCGGAGAAGCUGACUCACGCGCGCCCCCUGGAGAGGAAGCAGCCCAAAAACCGGCGAGUGGUGGUGAUGCGGAGGGGCGCCGGCAUCAUCUCCGACGCCUUCAAUAAAAAGAUUCGGAAGAAGCAACGGGAGAAGGACACUAAGGGCCGGGAGGGUGGAAGCCCCUCCUCCGAAGGCACCCCCAGAGCACCUGACGCGCCACCGACCACACCUCGGUUGGGUGGGUCUCAGUUAGGGGUGUCGGAGGGCAACCAGUCACUCUCUCGGCCCGCCUCUCUCGUCAUCACGCCCCCGCCCUCAGCUACACCCGCACGAUCGACACCCAACACCUCUCCGCCCUCGCGAUGCAAAGUGGAGGGUCACCCUCUUCCAGUGGAGGGCGAAGGGGGAAGUGGAGGCGGCGGCAAAGCACCAGCUCCUGGAGAGGCUGGAGGAGGAGGAGGAGGAGGAGGAGGUGGAGUAGGAGGAGGAGGAGGAGCAGCGCCAGGUAAGACAGGUCCCUCUUCGUCGUGUGAUCCUUGCAACGCUGCCUCUGCCAGAUGUUGCACUUGUCACUGUCACACGAAGCAUUACAGCGGAAGCAGAGCCCCAGCACCCGUGCAAGGCGUCGUGGCUCUCCGAGGUGGGUGUGAUGACCCUCGAUCGCACCUGAGGCUGGCCAAUAAUUCCUCCCACCGGCAGCCGUCUCUGGAUGACUCUGGGGUCGUCGGUGACCACGACGGAGGGGACACGAUGUCCAUUCAUCACUUGCCUCACAUUGUUCAGGAACCAGUUGUCAAGGCCGAGCAGUCCCUCUACUCCAGGAGGAAGUGCAAUGGCGUGAGUCCCACUUCGCCCGCAGCGCUGUCAGCUUCUUCUCAGCAUAUUGUUGUCGUUGAGGAAGAAGUGGUUGACCGGAACUGUGAGAAAUGUCGGGACUGUUGCGUCGACUACCGCUCUUGGCUGCGAUUUCAGAACAUCAUGUACAUCGUGGUGCACGACGCUGUCUUCGAUCUGUUCAUCAUGUUAUGCAUCAUCUUGAACACCAUUUUCCUUGCUAUCGAACAUCAUGGCAUGUCUGACACCCUCAAUAAGAUCCUCGAAGUAGGAAACAGGGUGUUUACUGCUGUGUUUACCCUAGAAUGUAUCAUGAAGAUCAUGGCGUUAAGCAAGGAGUUUUUCACCAACCGAUGGAACGUGUUUGAUUUGGUCAUCGUUUUGGCCUCUCUGCUCGAUCUGGGUCUCGAAAUUGGAUCUGGGCUCUCGGUGCUUCGAGGAAUGAGACUGUUACGUGUGCUGAAACUUGCUCAGUCGUGGCGAACCAUGCGCGUGUUGCUAAGCAUCAUCGUCUCGACUCUGGGUGCCUUGGGAAACCUCACCUUCGUCCUCAUCAUCAUCAUCUACAUCUUUGCCGUCAUCGGGAUGCAACUCUUCGGCAAGAACUACCAGGACGCUAAUUUCUAUCCGGACCCCGUGCCACGGUGGAAUUUCAAGGAUUUCUUCCACUCUUUCAUGAUGAUCUUCCGAAUCCUCUGCGGAGAGUGGGUGGAGCCCCUGUGGGACUGCAUGCGGGCUGAAAAGAGCGGCGGCUCGAACACUUGUCUGGCGAUUUUCCUACCAGCGCUGGUGAUGGGAAAUUUUAUGGUGCUUAACUUGUUCUUGGCUCUGCUGCUCAACUCAUUCAACUCGGAAGAACUGAAAUCUCGCCAAGAUGACAUGGAAGACGAAUCCAGGGUGUUGCAGCUUUUCAUCAGAAUAAGGGUGAGAUUCAUAUUCACUGAAGAAGAAGAAGAAGAGGACGAAUCAGUUGACGAAGAGAAGAAGAAAUCCAGCCUGGAAAGCAUCGUUCCAGACCGGGGGGUCAAACAGGCUUUUAGUGAGCCGGAAAUAAGAACGAGAUGCCAGGAGGAGGAAGUGCUGGGUAUGGAUCCACAAAUGCAAGGAUACAAGAGGUUGACCAUAAUAGACAAGAACAACCAUAAUUCGAAUUUGGCUGCUGGGCCUCCCCAAGAAAAUGGACAUGCAGAGAAGAAUAAUGUUAAUGGAAAGAAAGUUAAAUUUCAAGGUGAUGAUGACCGGCCAGAAAUCAUCGAGCUGUCAGACUUUAACCCAGGUGAACCUCAGUUUGCUCUUUGCUCUCGAGCUAAGAGACAUCAGCCAGACGGCAGCGACGGCGAAGGCAUGGAAUCCGAAUACAAGGAUUGCUCCGAAGGAGAGUAUUUUCAGUUUGCAUCUUCCGGGGUCCCUCGAGAGUAUCCUUCCACUGGCGAGUAUCAGGAUGAAUCCACAAACGACUAUAGCCAUGAGCAUGAUUAUCAUCAGCUUCAAUUUCCCGAGUCUAAUUUGUCGGAAGGAAACGGAUAUAACAAUGAAGACAGCUUAUCUGAAGUCAAUCUUUCUGAUGGAAAUAUCCCUAAAAUGAAACUCGACUCAAUGAGCUUCCGUCGAAUACGCAGGUCAAGCUCAAAGGAUAUUGAAGAUUUUCAGGAUAUGACCUUCCAUUCUCAUCCUAAAGAAUCGGUUGGUAAACCACUGGGUAAUGGUGGGCCAAGGGGAAGAUAUUGGCAGGCUGUUAAGAAGGAUAUGCCCAAAUCAUUAAACAAGACUCAGAGUUGGAAUGCUGUGAUCAACUAUGUAGACACCAUAACAACGGGUGUGAAAGAUGAUGAAGAUCCAAGAUUCAAGAAAACAGAAAUUAAAGCUAAAGAACCGGCAGACUGUUUUCCAAGAAAAAUCUUCAACAAGAUACGGUGCUGCCAAACAUGUACGGAGACUGGUCUUUACAGGAAAUUUUAUUUGUUACGACAAAGUGCUCUUUACGUUGUGGACAGCCCCUAUUUUGAAUGGUUCAUCCUGCUUCUCAUAUUUGCAUCUUCAGUAACUUUGUGUUUUGAAGAUGUCCACUUGGAUUCAAAAACGGAACUCAAGGAAAUUCUCAAGUACCUGAAUUUGACCUUCGCCAUCCUCUUCACUCUUGAGAUGGUGGUGAAGUGGAUCGCAGUGGGAUUUGUCAAGUACUUUUCAUCUGUGUGGACACUCUUGGACUGCUUUAUUGUCAUGGUGUCUUUGUGCAGCCUUUUCAUUAAGCAAGAUAAUCUAAUCGCCCUUCGAAGUCUUCGAACCCUAAGAGCAUUAAGACCCCUGCGUGCUAUUUCACGCUGGGAAGGCAUGAAGAUUGUUGUCAAUGCUCUUAUGUAUGCCAUCCCGUCCAUCUUCAACGUAUUGCUCGUCUGUUUGGUUUUCUGGCUUAUCUUUUCUAUCAUGGGGGUGCAGAUGUUUGGAGGAAAAUUCUACAAAUGUGUGGACCGACCAGGGGGAGAAAAAUUAGGCUUAAAUAUUGUAAAAACUAAGAAUGACUGCCUAGCGUUGAACUACACUUGGGUUAAUAGCAAAAUCAAUUUUGAUCAUGUUGGAUAUGCUUAUUUGGCACUUUUUCAAGUGGCAACUUUUGAAGGAUGGAUGGAAGUUAUGGAAGAUGCAGUGGACUGUCGUGGCAUAGAUUUACAGCCUGCAAGAGAAGAGAACCUUUAUGCCUACAUUUAUUUUGUAAUCUUCAUUGUAUGUGGUUCAUUCUUCACCCUUAAUCUCUUCAUUGGUGUUAUCAUCGAUAAUUUCAAUGCUCUAAAGAAAAAGUAUGAGGGCGGCGUCUUGGAAAUGUUUCUCACCGACUCGCAAAAGAACUAUUACACCGCCAUGAAAAAAUUAGGCCGUAAGAAACCUCAAAAAGUGAUCAGGCGACCUAGACAUCACUAUCAUGCUAUUUUCUAUGAUAUAGCUGUUUCUCGAAGGUUUGAAAUUUCUAUAUUUGUGUUGAUCUUCCUAAACAUGGUGACGAUGGCUAUUGAACACUACCAUCAGUCACGCACUGUGGCCUUCACUCUGGAAGUGUUCAAUGCUCUUUUCACUACGAUAUUUGGAUUAGAGGCAAUAGUCAAGAUCAUAGGCCUUCGUCAUCAUUACUUUACUGUGCCCUGGAACCUGUUUGACUUCAUUCUAGUGUUUGCUUCCAUCAUGGGAAUCCUGCUGCAGGACGUGCUCACCAACUUCCCCAUCAGCCCGACGCUUCUCAGGGUAGUCCGGGUCUUCAGAAUCGGACGCAUUCUCCGUCUUAUCAAGCCGACGGUGAACGGCCGAAACUCCUUCUUCGGUCAGGCUGCUAAGGGAAUACGGAAGCUACUGUUCGCCCUCAUCGUUUCUCUUCCUGCAUUGUUCAACAUUGGUGCAUUGCUGUUUCUCAUUACCUUCAUCUACGCAAUCAUUGGCAUGGCUGUAUUUGGUCACGUACAGAGAAAAGGUGCUCUUGAUGACCUCGUCAACUUUGAGACCUUUGGCAGCAGUAUGAUGUUACUCUUCAGGCUCAUCACCUCCGCGGGCUGGAAUGAUGUGUUAGAUCCUCUAAUGUCCCAGCCACCAGAAUGUGACUUAACUUACUUGAAUCAGCCCAAUGGAAACUGUGGUCAUCCCAUCAUUGCCAUUGUAUUUUUUGUCUCAUUCAUCAUCAUCAACUUCAUGAUUGUCAUCAACAUGUACAUUGCCGUCAUCCUUGAGAACUUCAAUCAAGCUCAUAAAGAAGAGGAGAUUGGUAUUGUGGAGGAUGAUCUGGAGAUGUUCUAUGUCAGAUGGUCCAAGUAUGAUCCACAUGCAACUCAGUUCAUUAACUUUUCACAACUCUCUGACUUCAUAGCUAGUCUUGAUGCCCCGUUCGGGAUUCCCAAACCCAACACAGUUGCUCUUGUUUCCUUUGACCUGCCUAUUGCAAAAGGGGAUAAGAUCCACUGCUUAGAUAUUCUUCAUGCCCUUACUAAACACGUCUUAGGUCAUGUGGAAGAAACUGAGGAAUUUAAAAGGUUCCCCCCUCAGCUCAAGAUGCAGAUGGAGGAGAAGUUUAAGAAACAGUUCCCAACACGCAAGGAACUUGAAAUUGUCUCUUCAACACGACGCUGGAAGAAGAUGGAUACAGCUGCUAAAAUUAUUCAGCUGGCAUGGCGGGGCUUUCUUAAGCACCGGCGAGAGUUGGAAAAGAAGAAUUUACUUUUGGAAGAGGCACAGACUCAAACCUCUUCUCCAGGUGGAUCGUCUAUACGAUCUGGUUUCAGGAAAGUAUCAAACCUGCUACAGGUUGUCCCAAUGCCUAUGAGUCUGCCUCGCAGAAGAUCCGUCACGGUCCUCCAGGUGGAUGGAGGAGGAUCAAGCUCACGUCGUGCUUCCCGUUCCUCGAUGAAUGAGAUGUCUACAUCUCCUCGUGGGUCACUCUUCUUCUUCCCCAUCUCACGCCGCGCCUCUAGAGCCUCUGCUACUUCCGCCACCUCAGGAGCAUCUAAUCCAUCAUUGGUAUCUGUUCAGAUCCAUCGUGUAGCUGACAGAGACUCCCCUCAUGCUUCUCAAGGGUCCACAGAAGCUUUAAAUACUGAAGUUAGCUGACGCAAGCCUUCUUCGGGCCCACCUUGAUGCCCUCCUCCACUGUAACCAGCGUCCCUAACUGCUAGUAGCUAACAGUUUCAGGAUGACUGAUGUUGGCUGAAUGCAGUUGGCUGAUAGCCUUCAGUUGAAAGCUGAUGGCUAACAGUUGCUCAGGUUCUUGCUUGCUCUAAGAGACUAAGCCUGACCCACGUACUAUCCGGUCACUCCUGCCUGACUGGUCUUUACCCAGUUUAUUCCUGUAAGCCUAACCAUGAGGCUUCAUGCGCUACGAGUACCCAAAGGAGAAGAGAUGGAGCACUUUGGCUGCUCUGACUGUUAAAACUUAGUAUUUCCAUACGUUCCAAACAUCUUUGUCACAAUUUAUUAUUGGCACUUGUCCCACUUAGAUAUUAAUGUUUUUAGACCAGUUUUAUGGUGUUAAAUGAAACAGUGAGUUUUUUUUAACAUUGCUAGUUUCCAAUGACAUGUGCCAUUGUUGUUGUAUAUAAGAAAUAUUUUCACCUGUGGUAUAUUUGAUUUUGGAUUCCAGAUACCAAACCAUGCAGUUUCUUUCUUCUGCAAAUGCCUUAGGCUCACUAUUAUCUUCUAAUGCAAAAGUCUGAUUUCUUAAAGGAAAUCAAGUAAAUUUAUAUAGCUUAAUUAACAUAGCCAUGAAAAAGAGAAUGUCCUGUAUUCCACUCAAUUCAUAGAUACUAAAACGUGGAUUAAUGUGAUAUUACUAUACUCUGCUAGAAGGUACUAUUAGUACUGACUGAAUUUCUCUCUUUUUCAAGGACAUAGACUAAUACUCCAUUUUAUUAUUAUUAUUUUUUUUUCGUGGCAGUGUAGCCUGUCGUUAUCCCUGCACAUAAGCAUGGAACCAUCGCGAAACGAUAUGCAAGUAGAGUUAUUUGCCAAUUUGUUAGCUUUGCUGUAGGGUGCCAAAGAUUUUGUUGAAGCAUUAGUUGAAAAGCUCAUUUGAACGUCAAGUUUCAUGGACGUAUUUCGAAGAGUAAUUACAGUACUCUCUAAGCAAUUUUUCAUUGAACAACUUGGAUGCCUUUAUUAAUUUUUUAUUAGUCCACUAGUUAGUUUUUAUUUUAGUUACCCCAUGAAACUUGACACACUUUUUCUGUUUAGCCUAAAUUUAGGUUCCUGUAAUAGAUGAAACGUGCCAAAAUAACUGCACUAGCUUUUCAAAGAUCAUCUCAAAACUAGACAUAAAUCCUAUUGUAUUUAAUAUAAAGUAUGUCAUUGUAAAAUAUUGUACAUAAGUAUAUAGUUUUACUUUCCAAAGCAUAAUUCGUUAAUCUUGGCAGAGUGUAAUCUAUUUGUACAGUGUUAGGUGAUUGCCGAGUUACCAUGUUAAUGUAUCUUUGAUGUUCUUGUUAUUAGACUUUGAAAAGCAGCUGUAUACUACUUUAUGAAGAAGUUACAUUUAUUGUAACAUACUGCAUAGCUCUAGAAGUUUCAGAUGAGUUCAGUCUUAUAUUUAAAGGCCGUAAGUUAUGCAGCAUAUCUCAUCUCUCUUUGUAUCUUUCACUCUUGCUAUCUUGGAGAUCACUGUUAGUUGCAGAACAUAAUUCUGCAACGUAUUUAUUGUCCAACAAAUAUUAUUUACAAAUUUUUCUAACAGAUCAUUUAACUAGCUUGUAAAUUCUUCAAAUAAAGUGUUUUAAGAUUAUUGAUUAUUAGAAAUAAAGCAAGCCCUGAUUUCAAACCAAAUUUUACUCUCACAAAUAUAGGUACACUAGUUUUUCAUGCUUGUUACAUAUUGCCAAUUUCAUAUACAGUUCUCAUUACUUAAAAAUUCCUCCUCUUCACUUAUGAAUACAUAUGAAUAACUGUAAAGACCACACAGUAUUUGAAUAUACUGUACUGUACUUGUUUUCACUCUUACAUAUUGCUUAAAUGCUUCCUGUUUCUGACUUUGUAUUCUUUUCUUGUAUAUGACAUUUCAAGAUUAUUAGUAACUGUGUAUUUUAGGUAUAGCAUUGAGCUGCUGUUAAAGGUUUGUAUUUGACAAACAGCUUUUCAGAAGGUUUACUUUUCAUACAAUGUUUAUUUUGUAGUAUUACCUGUGAAACAACAUGGAAACAUUACAGCUUCCUAAUGUACACCACAGUUUUUAUGUCCAAAGUAUUAGCAUACUUGAAAAUUGCAUGCAGUAAUUAAUUCCUGUCCAAAUUGAUCAAUAGUAAUUACCUCUGAAGAAAUGCAGAAGCCAAUAUAUAGCAUUGUAAAUCUUGCCUCGUUAAACUGGAAUUCAGUGACUAGGCUCAGAUUUUUUCAGAUGUAUUGUAAAGGAGAUGUUGCUUAAUGUUGCAGUACUUAAGGGGAUCCAGGCAGAUCGUGAUACAAUGUGGGACAAAACUUGUGGAGUGAGAAAUACACAGUAUUUUCUGUAUUUUAUGGUGAUCCUAUACAGUAAUGUUCAUGCAGCGAAAGCAAUGAGUAUGUGAACUUUGUAUAAUGAUUUGAUUUUAAUUUUUCAUAAUAAUUUUCAUACACUGUGGUAUUGUAAUCUACUGACAAUUUUAUAAUCUAACUUGAAGACGAAGUCUGUAAAAUGAUUAUCGCCAAUUUCCGUAACUGGCAUACUUAGACAGGAGUUCUUUGAUUUUCCAACGUUAAUUAUAUGUCUUAUCAAUAUUUUCUUGCAUGACUCCUAUGAGCAACAAAAUGCUUUCAGCAUAAUUGCUAUACAAAGUUUGACUAUUUUGAUCAAAGUGCAGUUUAAUAGUUUCAAAAUAAAUAGAAACUCUUGUUAUCACAUCACAAUACUCUACUCUUGCAGUAAUUCUAAUGGUAACUGUAGUUACAUUAACUUGUUUGUCCUAUUCCUCUUUCAUAGCAAACAAGUUCAUUACUUAUGAUUAAGCUGUUGAGGACCAUGAAAGGAAGGUACCUCAAGUAUUUGGUUGUGCAGAUUAUUUCAAUAUCCUAAUUUAAAAUAAAGUAAUCCAGCAUAUGAGGUUCUUGACUUCGGAAACAGGAAUUGAAAGACACUGUACAUGCUCUUACACAAACUUUUACACCAAUACUGUUUCUGGUAAAUAUUUGAACAUUCUAUUAUGUAGCUUUGUAAUGCUAAGCCUUGUGUUGUUUGUGUAUUAUACGGUACUACUUAGAAGUAAGGUGGGCAGUGCUGCAGAACUUUGUGCCUCAUGGUUAAAAGUCUAUCUAGGAUAGGAAUCAAUUUUUUGUAGUUAAAAUGAUUUAAUUGUACAUUUCACAUGAUUUGUGACGUAUGUGGAAAAUCUCUGGUAUUCCUAAUUCGUUAUGGCUUUACUUGUUGAAAUUAUGGGUAUAAUAAGAAAAUUUAUUUAUGUAAGGCAAUACUUGUAUUAGCAGUUAAUGCAACUGUUAUGAGAUUACUUAAUAGUUUUAGUUUACAAGAUUUACACCUCAGUCAUUUGAUACUUGCUUUAAUAAUGAAAUUUUCAAACUUCACCUUAAGGAGUGAGUAUGAGACACACAAUGUAUGAUAAAAGGAAUAAAGUCAAAUUUUCAGGUAUGUAUCAAGCAGUCAAGGAAUAAUUUAUUCCUAAUACAAUUGAUCAGGUCAUGAUGCACUGCAUUUCAAGCUUUCUACAGCAUCAUUCAUUUUUUCAUUGUGUGUGUAAGCAUGUCUGUAUGUAUGCCACUGCGUUAUUAAUUACCAGCAUCAUGUUCAUCCUGACAGAUAUUUAAGUGAUUCAUUCAAGAAAUACGGUUUAUAUCCAGUUGCUCUGUUCCAUACUGUUUACAGGUUGCUCUGUUCAAUACUGUUUGCAGUUUGAUCUGUUCAAUACUGUCAACAGGUUGCUCUGUUCAAUACUGUUUGCAGGUUGAUCUAUUCAAUACUAAACGUUUACAGGUAGUAUGUCAUUUCAAGAGUUAACACAGUCUGGCACUGAUGGCAGUCUGUCUUGUGAUAGCAGUUCAAUUUGUUUAUAGAUGUAAGAGGUGGUUGCCAUGAGACAUCACGCCAGCUUUACUAUAGUUCAUGUUUUGUAUAAAUCCACGGCAGAGGUUUUUUUUCAGUUUUUGAGUACAGUAAUAUAUGAUUGAGUUCUAUAGCUCACAUCAUACAUCAUGAGGUAGGAUACUGUAGUUGACAGGUCAUAUUACAGUUAUGAUUGCUCCUAUUGGUUUAAAAGAGACAAAGAUUUUUUAGCAUAAUAUAAGCGUGACGAAAUUCUUGAAUAUGUGUUACCUUUGCUCUGAGCUUACUUUAUACGUCCAGGAUCUUGAUCAUAAUGGCAAUGUGACAAUAUAAUAGAAAAGCACGCCACCUUCACUGUAGGGGAGCAGACAAGGUGGUGAAGAUAGCUGAUCAUUGUUUUGUAUCAAAACACUGACUAGCUCAGCUUAGUGGUAGGUAAAGUAGAUUAGGUAUCAGUAUUGUAAAUAUGAGCUACUACAUUUCCAGUCUCAGGUCAUCACAUCAAAAUCAUGUCAUUCAUUACAUCAUUGUAGGUCAUGUAGUUUUCAACAAUUAAUUUUUAUCAUGGUAAAGUAGCUUUACUAUAAACAGUGAAUUACUUUAAUUAUUUUUGUUCCUUAUGUCUGACAUUAAUUUCAGUUUACGAAAUGUUUUAUUUAUUUCUAGGUUUGAACUAUUUCCCUGCCAAAGAUGUACAGAACUUACGUCUAGAUACUAGUAUGUACACUAGUGGAAACCUUGUGCAUUAUAAAUAUCGUAAAAUAUUUGUUGAAUAGUUUUACAGCAACAAGAAAUUUUCAUAUGCAGUACGAUAUUCAUUAUAUCUUCACUCCUGGUGUAUAAGGGAUCACCUGAUGUUUGAGGCCAAGUUAUAUACGUAUUACAUAAAUUGUAGCAUAACAAUCAAAUGACAUUCUUUUUGUAUGAGUGGUAGGUUAGUGUUGUAUUUUGUAAAAUUUUGAUAUUGCAGAAUAGAAUUUGAUUUGUAUAUUUUAGUAAUAAUCUGUUCUUAUGGCAUACUUACUUACGUGGGAUGAACAUGAUAUGCUGAGAAAUAUUUCUUUCUCUUAUAACUUGUGUCCUUGCUCACAGUUAUUAUGGAUUUAAUGGAAUUGAGAAUGUUUUGAAAUUGUUGAAACUCCUACCUGGUCUCUUUUUAUUUUGGUGUAUCACGGUGCUCCAGUCUUUCUGUAUGUCAUACUUUUAUCAAACCAGUAAGGAAAGCUACUUUGGUCUAAAACACCAAAAUCUAUGUUAUUCAGACAUAAAAUUGUAGGUUUGCAUUUGAAUAUUUAGCUGUAAUCAAGGUAUAAUUUCUUUUUCAGUAAUCAAGAUGAAUUUGAAUAAUAUAGAUUUUGAGCGUGUUCUGAAGUAGUUGAAACGUUGGUAUUUCUGUACCAAGAUUUGGCUUAGAUCUUAUCUUUGCAGGUACAGUACAGUAGUAUAUUAAUCACUUUGUACUGCAUAUGUAUGUCUGCAAGUUGAGAAACUAGAAUAUACUAGACAAGUCCUGGCCAAUUUACUUAAAAUUUACAAGUUCAUAUAGGAGGGUUGCAAGUGUGUAAGUAACACACCUAACAUGGACCACAUUUUGUACAACUUUUUGGCAAUAAUGCCUAAUGUCUGCUACUGUGCACCUUUUAGGUACUACACUUAACAAUCAGAUGGUAGUUACAGUAGAGCAUAAUAACAACAGCAAUGUAUUUAGAAUACUGGACCUUAUCAAUCUUUCCAUAUUCAAUGAUUUCUUCUCAUAAUAAUUUUAAAAUGUUCAUGUUUUAGGUCACUCUGUGUUAAAUGUACAGUAAAUUGCAACAUUAACACUGUACUGUAAUGUAAAAAACAAAAAAAAAAACAAAAAAAAAAAAACUUUCCAUCUCAUGGAAGAAAACAGGACACAUAUGGCAGUACUCCAAAAGAAUGUAAAACCUUACCUUGCAUGUGAUAGAUAGCUACAUAUCGCCUAGUAUAUCUGUAGAAGGGCUGGAACAGUGUUGGUGUAAAUUGUUUGCCUGACAGUAAAAGUUGUACGUGAUGAACAAUAGAAAUAGUUCUAGGAGACAUAAGAAUACUGUACUGUACUGAAAAAUAUGAGUGGAGAGAACGUAUGAAUGCUAUUAAAACGGCAGUGUCCUUAUCGUAUAACCGAUGAUGAGAAGUUACACAGGGCUGUUCUUGCCUGGAGUGACCCUUUGCUUUUUAGCACAAUCAUAUUUCUGUGAUAACCCGUAGGAACCACUUGUGUGGCUUCUUCUAUCCCUUCCUCACCCUGUUGUAGUUCUGUGGUGAGAUUCCUAAUGUCAUUCUUUCUAAAACUUCUUGGCAUUUGUUAAAAGGAAAAUAAAUGUAAAACUUUUACUACUGUACCAAUUUUCUAAGUCUUAAUUCUCAUUUUCUUUAUCUGUGUUAUCCUCGGGUGCCAUUACUGAUGUUUAAAGUGUUUCAUCCCACUUCAAUAAUUUUCCUGUUAGUGUAUCGUUUCCUCCACACUCUCAUAGGCCAUUAAUCAACAUUCCCUAUCUACACUAUAAUCAUUCUGAUCAUCAUCAUUCAUUAGUCAUCUUCAUUUACUGUUAUAAAUUGUUUUAAACAAUGAAAUAUUUCAAUAACUCAAUUCUGUAAUACAAAUAUUUCUCUUCACUAACCAUAUAACCACUCUGCCUUACACAUUUUCACACAUAUAUACACACUUUUUGCCAUUCUCUACACCUCCCCACAUGCCUGAUAUUACUAUUCACCUCACCAAGCCUCGUCCCUGCCUUUUGACUGGUGACACAAGUUGUCACUCCUGUAACCUUCCAUAUAGUGCUCUCAUAUGUUUAUGUAGCAAACUACAACUGUUUGUAAAGUAAUAUUGUUAUAAUGAAAUGAAUCACAAAUA